AUAAGAUUGCACACAUUAAUGGUUCACCAGGAUUAAAAAAAUAUACUAAUAAUUUGGAAGACAAUAAUAUAAAAAUUGUGAAAAAUAAAGAUAUCAAUAAUAACCUAUUUUUAAACAAUGAAGACCUA